AGGUCAUCAUACUUGACAUAAAUAAUCAAAACUUAAUCAAGCAAGACAUGGGAAUUAACGAGGAAAAGGUGAUGGCAUUCCCUGGUGAUAAAGAUGACAAGCUACCUGCUGAAGAAACCUCCCCUCUAAUCAACACGCGAGGCAAUGGCGGCAUUGAUGAAGCUUUAGAUAAAAUUGGUAUUGGAUUCUUCCAUGUGAUUCUAAUCUUAGUGACUGGCUGGGCUCUGGCCUCUGACUCUGUGGAGAUACUGUGUAUUGGGUUCGUGUCUCCUCAACUGGCGGAUAGUAAUACUAACCCUGACCUGGCACUCAAGCCAUCCUCGGUUGAGGAGGGCAUACUAGAUGGGGUGAUAUUCGCUGGCAUGAUGGUGGGUGGAUACUUCUGGGGUAGUAUAUCUGAUAUAGUGGGCCGACGCUCGUGCUUGAUCACCAGUCUAACUGUCAACGGUAUCUUUGGUUUCGCUUCCUCCCUCUCACCUCAUUACAUCGCCUUCCUGUUCUUCAGAUUCAUGAGUGGUGUUGGAGUUGGAGGAUCACUGCCGGUGGCAUUUUCUUAUUUCUGUGAAUUUUUCUCUCGGAAAAAUCGCGGACCAUUUGUCAUCAUUGUGGCAUCAUUUUGGACUAUUGGGCAAGUGUUUGCGGCCGUUAUUGCCAUGCCGAUAUUGGACAGCGAGUACAUGAGAAGCCAUGUCAACUCAACCCUUGGCAGUAUCACGAUAACUCCAUGGAGGGUGUACAUCAUGCUGUGUACCUUCCCCUGUCUCAGUGCUGCCCUUGCUCUGGUGUUCCUCCCGGAGAGUCCCGCCUUCCUCUACUCUAAAGGGAAGAUGGAUAAACUACACGCUACCCUGCGUAGAAUACAACGUUGCAACAGCUUUUGUUGCUGGCGUCGUAAAAAUCAGUUUAACGGUGAACUUCGACCUUUGACCCCACCUCCAAUGACAUCUUCAUCAGACGAGGGUCUAUCCAGAUCACAGAGAAUGAUCAAGAAAAUGCUCAUUAUAUUCAAAUCCACUGUUGACCUGUUUCGGUUUGCCUACCUACGCCCAACCCUCGUCCUCAUCACCGUGUUCUUCACCUUCUCAUUUGGGUACUAUGGUCUUCUCUUGUGGUUUCCGGAGUACUUCAAGUGUGUGUAUCAGAGUGAGAACAACUGUAUCCUGUCCUCCAACGAGGGUCAUCGCUGUGCUCCCAACGUCACUGCCAUCUGCAACAGCACUGGCUCCUCGCUGUACCUGGACAGUCUCUACACUGCUCUGGCUACUAUACCCGCUACUGUACUAGGUAUCAUCACUGUCAACAUCCUAGGAGGAAAGCUUAUGCUAGCUCUGUCUGUGUUUGUGUGUGGAUUGAGUGCCUUCCUGAUUCGCAUUGUCCCCUCCACUGAGAAUGUGACUGUCGUCUUGUCUUGUGUGUUCAAUGGAGUCGCUAUAUUUGGUUGGAAUGCUCUCGACGUCAUCUCCACCAGUGAACUCUUCCCCACACACUUGAGAUCCACGGCUAUUGGUAUUCAAUCUGUAUUGGGACGAGUUGGAGCAAUUUUGGGCAACGUACUAUUCGGACAACUCAUAGAAGUGGAUCCUCUUAUCCCCAUAGCGAUGGUUGCCGUGGUGCUCAUGUUCGGAGGGCUGGUGGGGUUUGGCCUCCCCUCCCAACGUGGCGGACCCUCCCUCAGGAAGAUGACCUCACGAUGUUGUAGCCUCGUGUGUCGGCAGGGACAGAGAUGCUCUAAUUGUAUUAAUAGAAAUCAACUCUCGUCAGAAUAUGAACAUAUUAAUACUUAAUUAUCCGAAUUUAUUUUUUGUUUACGUUUAUUUCUGCGUGGACUUUUAUUAUUUUGUGUACAUGUACAAUAUGAAUUUUAUGAGUUUAUUAGCAAG